AUGGCGGAAAAGAAACAAUGGACACAUUUUGCAGCCAAAAUGUCAGCAAAGCGACAGCGUACAACAACUGCGAAGAAGAAAGGUGGUCAAACUGUGAAAGAAGAGAUAAUCGUCCAAAGAAUGAGCUCAAAUGUUGGCGGCAAAGCACAGAAAUACAACAGAAUCGGGCCGAGAGAGUUUGUCCCAUUCGAAAAGUAUGACAGCGAGCUAACGCUGCGAAAUAUUAUGGAUGCUUGCAAAACGCACUUUGCAAAGCGCAUAGACAAGGACAUGAUAUGUGAUGUUCUGGCUGAGGAACAGGGCCCUUCUUGCCGUAAAGUCGAGCAUAUUCCAGAUUUAAAAGUCAUCCAUGUGUGA